CCUGACUACGCAGUACGUAUACAGACGACAGUACAAGUGUUGUAAAAAAAAGAUGGCGAUGUACGCUCACGGGUCUUUUCUGGCGGAAUCUCGGCGUUCUGCGCAGAACAAGGGCAGUCAGAGGAACGAAAUGUUCCUGACGUUAGAGCGACUGGAGGAGAGAGCCGCAAAACUACAGAAGGAGUUUGACAGCCUGCAGGAGUUUGCAGACGACCUGACCCGCCGGUACGAGCGACACGCCACCUACCUGUGCACGGAAGCGGUAAGGAUGGACAUUUUCCGCUGUAUACUGGACCAACGGCUCUCUGACAGGGACAGGGAGUUACUCUGCAACUACAUAGGGUACUUCCUGUACUACGUCCUGGUGCGGAUUGGCGAGGAACUGCCGCAGUACCGAACCGUCAGGUCCUACCGCCGCCUGAGGUCACGCGAGGACAGGGACCCCGCACUCAAGGCGCUCAGAUGCAGAAUUACAGGAGACCUCGGUAUUGACGAGACAGUCUUCGAGGAGCUUCUCCACUUCUACAAGGACUACUGCCAGCCUGAGUACUUCUCCGUCUUAAAGAUCGAAGAAAAACCCAAGGAGGAGGUUCUUAAGACGAUCCAGGCUAAGGUUCAGGAGCCGUGUCUGGCCCAAGGGCUGGCUAAGGUCGUCAACGUGGUGCACGAGAACUUUAUGUUCGACCAGUGAAAAUUAUAAUCAUUGAUCUAUAUAUUUGUGUUUGUAUCGGUAUAAAAGUAUGUCCUCAUAGUAUCUAAUCGAACAUGAGUAUUUGUGUUUGAGUUAAACACAACAGUGUUUGUCCUGGGGGCUGGCUAGGGUUGCCUGCGUUGUACACGAGAACUUCAUGUUUGACCAGUAAACAUGGCAAUUGUUGAUGUGAACAUUUUGUGUGCUUAUCAGUUAAACACAAAAAUAUGUCCUCGUCGUAAAUGAAAUUUUCAUGUUUCACCAGGAAAAAUUAUAAUUAUUUAUGUAAAUAUAUGUGUUUGUAUCGGUUAAACAAAAAAUAUGUCCUCAAAGUUUCUAUCGUGUAUUUAUGUUUGACCAGUAAAAAUGACAAAUAUUGAUGUAAAUAUAUCAUACCAUAAUCACAGCAACAACCUGCUUAGGACUUUCACAAAUGACUUUAUUGUACAUCACAGAUGUAAAUACAACGUAGCUGUCUUUUUGUAAUGAAAAAA